AUCAAGCUAGGAUUUUACAUUAUGAAAAAUUAGAACCUUGUGAAAUAAUGUGCCGUAAUCUUAAAGAUAAUUUUAGGUUUUAUGCUAAAAUUGUCCCAGAUGACUAUCAAGAGCCUACUAUGAUACAAAUCAUAGAAAGACAUUUUUCUAAUAUUUUUGACUUUGAUGAAGGUUUAACCAAUAAAAAAGAUAUUUUUCUGGUGGGAGGUAUUAUUCACACAGUGGAUAUUUUAAAAAAUUUACCAAAAGAUAAUUUAAAAUUAACCAUUACAUGGUAUUUUGGUUCUAAUCAUAUUAUAACCAUUUGGGGAGGUCUGAAUGAGCCACUAGUCAGUUAUUCUUGUUACUUUAGAGGGUAUUUUCCUUAUUGGGCUCAUGAAAGAGCACGAGCCCAUAAAGAUUUUGAUUAUAUAUUAGAUACGGAUGCUUGUAAAAAGUAUGAAAAUUAUGUAUAUGAGAUUAGCAACAAGCAUUAUGCUUAUUGUGCUGCAAAAAUG